AUGGCAGCAAUCAAGACGAGCAUGAACAGCACCACCACGACCGCGCAGGCAGGCCCUACGACGACCGGCGUAGGGCCGCUGCCCAUCAUCACGACCACGGCGCGAUGCUCCGAGCUGGUCCUGAGCACACUGUUGAGUAUGAAGUUGUACAGUUCCGUGACGACCCAGUACAUGGUGCUCCGGCGCAACUACUUCAACGUGUACCUCGACGGCGGCGUCACAACCACCUGCACGCCGGGCGGCUAUGUCCCGGCCAUGCAGAAGGGCGCGAAUCCCAUCUUCUCCGCCACGGCCUGCCCGGCCGGCUACGCGCCCAUGUGCACCUCGGUCGCCACGGGAGCGACCGUCACCGCGGACCCGACCGUGAAGUUCUGGCCCGCGCUGGCCAGCGGCGACACAGCCAUCGGCUGCUGUCUCAGGUACGACUUUUUUGCCCCUUUCCAUGCAGCAGCAUCGCGGCUUUGGAUCGUGAUCCCGAUCUUGGACGCGCGGAGCUUUGUAAACCGUACCGCCUCCCCGAGACUGACCUCCGUCCCGACUUGUAGUGGCUACACUUGCGCCGACGAAACCAGCGUCUAUUCGCAUGCCUGCGUGUCCACCAUUCAGCCGGGCGAGACGAAAACCGCCGUUGUGUACUUCCCAGACAUUGACCUUGUACAGAGAACCGUCAUAUCUGCCAACGCGCAGACAACGGCCAAGGUGUACGAUCUCAAGCUUCUCUACGCCACCAGGCAGACCCAGACGCCGUCCCAGCCUACGAGCACGCAUUCUACCAACUGUACGACCGACGCCCAUCCUUCUGAAGCAAAGCCUCCCGGGGCCAAUCCCACCGGCACCCCUCCUUCCGCCACCCAUCCGAGCAAGGGCCUGUCCCCCGGCCAGAUGGUGGCCAUCAGUGUCUGCGCGCCCCUGUUUCUGCUGUCCUGUCUGGUUGGGCUCUUCCUUCUCUGUCGCAGAGCCAAGAAGAAAGAAACGACGCACAUGACGCAGAUUGACGACUUCAUGGCGUACACCGACAGCAAGCCGGAGCUGGACGGGACGAACAGGCCCCGGCUAGAGCUCGACGCGGUCGGAACCACGUGUAGCAGAGGCGUCUCUAUGCUGUCGCAGCUUCAAACGGAGCACGCUCAAGGCGAAGAGGACGAGUAUUUGCAGAGGGCGUGUUCGCCGCUAGUGUGUUCGCCGCAAGCGGGUUCGCCGCAGCCGUGCUCGCCGCAAGAGUGUUCGCCGCAAGAGUAUUCUGAGCUGCCCGGCUGCGACGUGGGGCGGCUACCAUCGUUUCUCAGCCGACGGUCGGCCAUUAUACGAAGAAAACCUGUGUCAGGAGGCCCGUAUUCUCCGAUUAGUGAGCGCUAUAGCUUCAUAGACUUGGAACUCAACGGCCCGGCCCCGAGUACGGCCGAGGGGGCACCGGGCCGUGUCGUGAGCCAGGAGAGUCUUGUUUCACGCGAUUGGAAAGGCAAGGGGAGAGAUAUGGGAGACUCAUGA